AUGAGUACUUUAACAGCAAUGAAACUUAACGAGCAAAUAGUUUCUAUGCGAAAACCAGUGGAAAAGGCUCGUGUUCGGUUGUCUCGACGGUUGAUUCGACAGAUGAAGUUAUUCCAGAAGUCCAAGAUUGAAAAGAAAAUUCGUAAAAAAGACCGGCUCGUCGAAGAAAUCAAUUCCUGCAAGAGAAUACGUAGAGAUGAUAUAUCAAAGUUUGCAUUGGUGAAUUGCAAACCGCUGAGAAAAUUGCUAGAAAAGAUUAAGUUAUCAGUUGACGAACGUAUUCUCUAUAAACUAGCAUGUGAAAAACCAGUUGUAAGUAGUGUAGAAGAAUUUCGCAUGAAGUAUCCUAAUUGGCAAUAUGAAGUACCGUUCAUGUUACAGCGACUUGGUUUGCAGUAUAGAGCUCAGAGGGAAGCCAAAAAAAUAAAGAAACAAUUGAAGCAAGCAAAUAAAGUGAUUGAGCCUGAAAAUAGUCAGGAAAUAAAGUCAAUUGUGCGAAACGAAAUACAAAAAGCUGCAAAGAACAAACGAAGUCUUAAAAAGAAUAUGAAUAAAUUAAAAAAGGAGAAUAAAUCCACAUUAACAAGCAGUAAUGAAGUUGAACCAGUUAUUACUCUUCCUCAACUAGCAUUGCCGGCAUCACUUAUUACGAAGGGAGAGACGGUUAUCAAAGUGCUGCGUUUAGAUGGCAACGAGGAGGAGCAGCCUUCAUCAAUUAUCACUAAAUAUGGAAAUGAAGUUCAAGAGGAAAGGAGUACAGUUCAAGUAGAUGACAAUAUAUCACUCCUCAAAUCUGAACGUAUUCAAGAAAGUGAUUUUUUCGUAUGUCAGUUGAGCGAAAAACAAAGUGAUGUUAGCAAGCAAACAAGUAGCACAAAAUCAAAAGAACUUGUUGAAAAUGUGGAGCUGACAUCAGAAUAUCAGAAGUUACACCCUUCAUGGAUUGCUAAGAAAUUAGAACGUGAAGCUCGAGAAAAGCUGAUAAAAUUGUCUAAACCAAAGAAAAUUAUUUUCACUGACGAAUAA